AUGGAUUUUGAAACUGAUCAGUGGGUGGUUCAAAUCAACGAGAAGCUGAAGAACCACGAAUCUUCUUCAAUGGAGAUUCAAAAAUGGAAGAAGCAUUGCAUUUAUGCAAUUCCUUCCUGUGUUGCAGACCUGAACAAGAAGGUUUACAACCCUCAAACGGUGUCGUUUGGUCCAUAUCACCACAUGAAGAAGCAUCUGGUAGCCAUGGAAGAGCACAAGCAAAGAGCUCUGAUUCACUUUCUGAGAAGGUGUGCUAAGCCAUUAGAGUCGCUGAUCAAAACUAUGGCCAAAGUCGAAGACGACUUGAGGGAUUGUUACAAGCCACUGGAAUGGAAGAACAAGAACGAGAAUAAUAAUGUUCAUAGCUUCUUGAAAAUGAUAAUUGUUGAUGGGUGUUUCAUGCUUGAAGUUCUCAGAUUUGCAUUUUGCGAUAAUAAUGGUGAUUAUGCACAGAAUGAUCCCAUUUUCAGUUGCCAUGGAAGACUCUAUACUAUACCCUAUAUCAAACGUGAUAUGCUUAUGCUCGAGAAUCAGAUUCCCAUGAUGGUUCUUGAGAAACUGAUCGAAUUUGAGGGAAACCAAGCCGAGGAUCCAGAGUUGUUGAACAAGCUAAUCCUCAAAUUCUUUUGGCCCAGCACAACUCCAAUCUUCAAGAGCUUUGGCAAAUCCUUACACAUCUUAGAUCUCUACAGAAAAUCCCUCCUUCAACAUGAAGCCACUCACCCCACAAUCAUUCCCAAACCAAUCAAAUCAAACAAACACAGAGAAGACGACGAAAUCAUCAUUCCCUCUGCAAGAGAGCUUCAAGAAGCUGGCAUCACUUUCAAGCCAAGCAGAACCCACAGCCUCAAAGAUGUCUCCUUCAAUGGCGGAAUCCUCAGAAUCCCUUCAAUAAUACUCGAUGACUGCACAGAGACAACCUUGUUGAACCUCAUAGCAUUCGAACGCAUGCAUGUAGGAGCAGGCAACGAGGUUUCUUCGUUUGUCUUCUUCAUGGAUAACAUCAUCGACAAGGAGAUUGACGUGGUGAUUUUGGAGCAAAAAGGGAUUGUACAGAAUGCUUUAGGAAGUGAUAAAGCUUUGGCCAAGCUUUUUAACUCACUGUCUAGGGAUGUUUCUGUUGAUCGCGGAGGAGGAGGUCUGGAUAUAGUGCAAGUGAGUGUGUGUAGAUAUUGCAAGAAGCCAUGGAAUAAGUGGAGAGCUAAUCUCAUUGAAACUUACUUCAGAAAUCCAUGGGCGAUUUUGUCUCUUGCUGCUGCAAUAUUUCUGUUUGUGUUGACUAUUGUUCAGACUGUGUAUACCAUUCUUCAAUUCUAUCAACCAGACAGCUCUAGUUCAUCAUCUCCUCCUCCAGCUGGGCCAUUUCUUCCAAGACGACGACCCCAACCUCAUUUUUGAAUUGGAGUUCUGAUUUUCUUGUGGUGAUUAUGCAAAAAAGUGGAGAGAAAAUAUGAAGGAAAUAUUAAUAUACAUAAUUAUUGGUAGCGCAAAGCAUCUUCUGAAGGAUUUAAGUUGCUUUCGGUAUAAACCAUGUAGUCCCUUUUGUGUCCGAUUUGGUUCUAAUUAUGAAUAUGAUCUCUUUGUAUCCAUUUUCCUUAAUUAAGUCCAGACUACUUUGUUUUUUUUUUUUUUUUUGUCUCAAAUCAAAUGGCUCUUUAUAUAAUGCAAUGUCAAACUUUAUAUUUUCUAUGAUCGUUAGUACAAGUACUUCUAACAUGUCCUUAAUAUAAAACAGGUUUUAUUUUAAGUAAUAAUAUUUUUAU